UCUGUGGUACGUAAGACCGAAGCCAAAGGAGCGUAAUACCGUGAGUGAAAUAAAGAGAAAAAGAGUGAGAGAGAGAGAGAGAGAGAGAUAGACAGUCUGUGAGGGUGGUGCGGAGAGGUGUAGAGGAUAGGGACGAUGAAAGCGGAGAUACGACGGAACACGGUGAAUACGCGAGUUCUCGUGGAUACAUUGAACGUUGAGUUAGCUGUGCCAAGUCCCCCCCAUAGUUCGUCAUAGUUUCUCUGUUUGCACUCUCUUAUUUCUUUUUUUUUUUUUUUUUGUACAACUUUGACGUACAAAUUCGUUCGAUCGACUUGCUCGAAUGAAAGAGACUGUUAUUAACGUCACGAUCAAAGUAAGCCGCUUGCAUUGCUCGUUCUUCUUAACUUCGAUCGUUGUUUUGUUAACGACUCGAAGACAUUAUCGGGACAUAUGCGAGAAGAAUAUAAUUGGUAAAGAGAGAGAGAGAGAGAGAGAGAGAGAGAGAAAGAGGGGGGAAGAGGGAGAGAGAGAGAGAAAAAAGAGAAAGAUAUGCGAAUGGAAUCGCAAUGAAUCGUCACUGGGGAGAUAGGUGUGGCGCGUAAAAAAAAGGCGCGUUGUAGAGUGGAGUGCGCGCGCGAGCGCGUGCCCGGUUUUUUUCUCCGUUACAAUAAUAAUAGUAGUGGUAGUAGUGGUGGUGGUGGUGGUGGUGGUGGUGGUAAUGGUAGAGUAGUAAGAAGGUAAAUGAUGGGCGCGAGUGUAUCUCUUCUGUACAUAUAUGUUGAAAAAUGAAGGUGGAACGUCAAAAGAGAUUUUUAACGAGUAUUUGGCACGAUAGAAGAUCGGUGUCAAUUUGGCGGUGUACGAAUUGAGAGUAUUACUAUUAUUAUUAUUAUUAUUAUUAUAAAGAAAAGUGUAGAAGAGGGGGAUAUAAAAAAAAAAAGGAGAAAAAGUUGGUGAAGGGAAAGACAGUUUUAAAAGUUCUUCGUCGUACGGAGAAGUGCAAGAAGUGUGUCUUGAGUUACGAAGGAAAGAAAAAAGAGAUAGAUAGAUAGAUAGAUAGGGAGAGAAAGAGAGAGAGAGAGAGAGAGAGAGAGAAAGAGAGACAUCGCAGAAGAGGAAAAGAAAGAAAGAGAGAAGGAAGAGUGAGUGAACGAAAAAAGGGGGGGAGAUCGGCGGAGCACCGCGUGCCAUUGAAGCACAGCGUGUGCGUGCGUCCGCGCCUAUGCGUCCAAGUCCGCCGUGCCGCGGUGAUCUUCGCAGUGGCUGCGGCCGCAGUGGUGGUGGUGGUGGCGGCGUCUGCGACGACGGUGGAGGUGGUGGUGGUGACGGCGACGGCGACGGCGACGGCGGCGGCGGCGGCGGCGGCGGCGGCGACGACGACGACGGUAAAAGAGAAGGAGUGGAGGUGCUGGCGACGACGGUGACGGGUCGGUUGUGGUGGAGGGGGAGGAGGUUUUUCGUCGUCGUCGUCGUCGUCGUCGUCGUCGUCGUCGGUAGUGGUGGUGAUAGUAAUAGUAAUAAUAAUAGCAGUGGUGGUAGCAGUGUUGCUGCUGCUGCUGGUGGUGGUCUUGGUGGUAGUGGUGGUACUGGCGGCGGCGGCGGCGGCGGCGGCGGUAGUAGUAGUGGUGGUGGUAGUGGUGGUGGUGGUAGUGGUGGUAGUGGUGGUGGUAGUAGGAGAACGGAAUUGCCGUGUCGCGAGCGGCCAAACGAGUUAGCGCGUGUGCGUGCAUCGUGCGCGCGUACGCUCUCCUUCGAGGCUUGCGCGCGAGCGCGCGAGCGCGUGUGUCGGUGGUAUCCCCCCGCGCGCGCAUCCAAGGAAUUCACGAUCGAGCAACACGGAGGGACUCCCAGCAAAUGUUUAAAUGGACGCAUCGUCCAUUAUCACCCAAGUGUCGCGGGAUGACGAGCUAGGCCAGUUUAAUAACGAGAAAGGCCAAAAAAGAUUUCCACAUUUUGUCAAUAUUACAUUUGUGUAUGCUUCUAAUUACAAGUUAUUUCCAAACAACCCAAUUGCCACGCGAGAAUGAAGCGGCCAGCAACGGUCCCACAGGUGGCAAGAAACCAAGAGGGCGUGGACUCUUGCGUUCUCUGCUUUGUUGUCUUGGUAGAGGACGAGGAAGUAGUUCAAAAAGUUCCAAAACAAGUUCGCUACAAGGAGAUGGACGGGGUUCACCGCCACCAGGAACUGGGUCCCCACGGUAUCUUUUGCCGCCUGUCAGACAUCAGGAUAUGCAUAAAAAAUGCAUGGUGAUCGAUUUGGAUGAGACACUUGUGCACAGUUCUUUCAAACCGAUCAACAAUGCGGAUUUUGUUGUUCCUGUAGAAAUUGAUGGAACAGUACACCAAGUGUAUGUCUUAAAGAGGCCUUAUGUGGAUGAAUUUUUGCAGAGGAUGGGAGAACUAUACGAAUGUGUAUUGUUCACAGCAAGUUUAGCUAAGUAUGCUGAUCCUGUAGCCGAUCUACUAGACAGAUGGGGAGUAUUUAGAGCAAGAUUAUUCAGAGAGUCGUGCGUUUUUCAUAGAGGAAAUUAUGUUAAAGAUUUAAAUAAGCUGGGAAGAGAUCUACAACAAAUUAUUAUUGUCGAUAAUAGCCCUGCCAGCUAUAUCUUUCAUCCUGAUAAUGCGGUUCCAGUGACAUCCUGGUUUGAUGACAUGACGGACUCAGAACUAUUAGAUUUAAUUCCAUUCUUUGAGAAACUUAGUAGCGUGGAGAACAUUUAUACAGUUUUGUGCAACAGCAAUCAUCCAUAUAAUCAAGUAUCAACUACGGUACAAAAUAGUCCCAGUCCUGGAUCAGGUUCGCUUGGUGCUUCCUAGCCCCACCUAUGUUCUGGUCAAGUGACCAGUCUUGUUAUCACUCGAUGUGCAUUAAGGAGGAUCUUAAUUGAUUUGUCCAAUGCUAAUCACUUAUUGUGCUGCGAUGGAUAAUCGGGUAUGCCCAGUUAGAUAUUUUAUCUAAGGCCAAAAGUACCCGUGUUAGUCUGGGUGGAUAUUUCUGCGUAUCGUUUCCCUGUUAUAAUAGUGCAACAUUAACCGCACUCUGCUUUGUUGUUGCCUUCAAAUUUUCUUCCUAAUAAGCAGCAACGCGAUGAAGAACUAACGUUAGAAGAAAGAGAGAGAGAAAGAGAGAGAGAGAGAGAGAGAGAGAGAGAGAGAGAGAGAGAGAGAGAAAAAGAAAUAAUAGGUACAGACAGAACGAUGAAGAAUGAUUAAAAAAAUACGUGUACCAAUUAACUUCUGUUACAUUUCGAUUCAAAGGGUUUUUUCGACGACAUAGAGUUUUUUCGACGAUGAUCGAACGAAAAGAAUAAAUCGAUAAGCGCUUCGGUAUAAUUAGUUAGAUCAAAGUACGUGAAUGCGUGCUUUAUAUCUUUGAUACAAACGAAAGUGGGAAAAAAAAAUAAAAACAAAAAAAAACCAAAAAAAAAAAACAAAAAAAAAAAAAAAGAAAAUGAAUGAUAUAUUUCUUGUUGAAUUAGAGCACGCAAAUUUUGUGCUAUUGCAUGAUAUUUACUUGCUGAAUACCUCAACGGAUUAAUCUUAAAAGUCCUGAACUAAAUCCAGAAUAUAAAUCGCACAGAGUCAUACAAGAAAUUAUCAAUUGAUAAAUAUGAGUCGUUUGAUGGGUCGUUCGGUGUUCAACAUUUUUUUCAUCAUUUUAUUUGGACCAAUUUGUUUAUUGAUUUGCAUUUCAUUUGCUGGCAUUACAAAUAUGUACAUCGCAUCAUAACUUCGAGUUCGUAUAGUAAUUUUUUUUUAGCAUUUUCCCCAUAGGAUCAAUGAUAUAUAUAUAUAUAUAUAUAAAAUAUUACGAUCGUUACUCGACGUAAUAUUGAAUAUUAAAAAACAAAAGUAAAAAAAAAAAAAAUACAAAAAAAAAAACAAAAAAAAAAUAUCAAAAGGCUGGCAACUUAAAAUUAUGAUAAUACAUUAAAUGUUAAAUUCGUUUUCAUCAUCCCUAACAGAUAUCAUCCUUCGUAUUUUAAACAAUGAAUUUUAUCAUAAAUAUUUUAGAUUAUAUUAUUAUUAUUUUCAUGAUUUGCCAGUACGAUUGACUCUGUUUUUUUUUUCUUUUUUCUUUUUUUCUUUUUUUCUUUUUUUCUUUUUCCUUUAAGGAGAAUGUGUGCCAGUUAGUGAGUCAACUAAUUUAAUUACAAGAAAGUGAUAUAACAUUUUAAAGAGACCGAGCCAAAAUGCAUAUCAUUCUCUCCCUCCAAGCGCAAUCGUACGGAUAAUAAAAAAAAAAAAAAAAUCUUACGUUAAAUGAACAAU